AUGAUCAAACGUUUGGAACAAAACUUUGUUCAAAAACUCGAUGAAGAUCAAAUGCUAUUUCUUCAUGCAAUGCCACGGUAUUUACAAUGGUAUUCGGAUUAUCGUGAUCCUGAAAAUUUUAUCAAGAUUUUACGAAUUUUAUUGAAAGAAUUUACAGCAUGGUUUACAAGUUGUCAAGCAGACUCCUAUCUUCAACGUUCUUCUCAGAUCGAUGCUAUGAUUUGUCGACUAAAUUAUUUUCUCGUUCGUCCAAUCGAAUCGUACAAUGUGAACAUUUUCAGUGAAGAAUUUUAUCAUGAAUACUGUAAAUUAGUUUUACAUUGGUCAUUAAUUUUAUCAUCUACAUUUUCAUGUUCUUCAUAUACAACGAAUGUCAAGUCAACGAUACAUACUAGCAUUCAAACAAUGUAUAAUUUCACAUUGCAUUUAAAUGUACUUAAUUUUAUGAAAACUAUACCGAAUUUGAUUUCAAUGCUUUUAAAAGUAACUGAUUUUGAUCAUGAUGAAACACAAUUGAAUGCAUAUCGUUGUUUGAGUAAAAUUAUGAUCGAAGCAGAUAUAAAAACUAUGAGUAAUCCGAGCAAAAUUGCUGCUGUACACAUGGAAUUUCUUACAAAUACUAUCAAUGAUUCAACAAAAACAGCACGAUUUUAUAGUGUAUUGGAGAGUUUGAAAAAUUUUGUUCAACAUGAUCAAGUUAAAAUUGAACUAAUAAAACAAGAAGUACUUCCUGUAUUAGUAACGACCGAUUCGAGUCAACUACGUUUAUAUCGAGCUGCCGAAGGACUUCUUUGGAAAUUAGAAAAAGAAAAUGAAGCUGUUGCUAAACCAACUAUUUUGAAUUCGUACAAAUACGAUAUCAUGAUAAGUUAUUCACAUAAAGACAAAGAAUUGUGUCUUCAAAUUCAUGAACAAUUAAUCAAAGAUGGCUUUCGUGUCUGGCUUGAUAAAGAUUGUUUGCGUGGAUCUACAAUGGCCGGCAUAGCGAAUGCAAUUGAAAAUUCUGAAUAUGUAAUGAUAUGCAUGUCGAAUAUGUAUAAACAAAGUGUCUAUUGUCAAUCGGAAGCUCAUUAUGCAUUCGAACGAAGUUGUCGUCUUAUUCCAAUCAUCGUCGAAUUGAAUUAUAAACCUGAUGGAUGGCUCGGUAUCAUUGUCAGUGGCAAGAUCUAUGUAGAUUUUGUGAAAGUUGAAUUUGGCAUAGCUUAUGAAAAAUUGAAGAAUGAGAUUAGUGAACAACAAUAUCAAACUUUGACUCAAUCAUCGACAAUAUCUGAAGAAAAAUAUCAGAUUAAUAUGAUGUCAAUGAAUACAAAACAUGUUGAAUUGGCUUCUGAAUCGAUCGUGUGA